AUGAUCUCCUCUUCUUCGCGGUCUUCAACACCCAACCCACGCGCCGACUCCCCCCACGCUUCUGGGCUCAGUGCCCGCCCUCGCAAUCGAAGACUCAACACCCUGGGGGACGGCCAGGAACUUGGAAGCACAUCUGGAACCUCCACACCAGGACCCUCGAGCAGAGCGGCAAGUCCCAUACCGGCGAAGCAUCCGAGUCGAAAGAGUGGUGCUGCCCCGAGAGAUACCAGAGACAAUGGGACGAUUGUUGGAGGACAUCUGGCGCCUGGGGGUAGAAAUGGCCAGAGAAUUGGGAGCGGGACAAAAAGUCCCCUAGGGUCUUGGAAUACUGGAUGGAUGAGCACGGCUUUUCAGCAAGUAGCGAACUCGGUAUUGGGAGGCAUUGCCGGGGACGAUGGAGGGAGUAACAGCCACCGAAGCCAGCGGACUCGAAGGGUCGGUAGCGGCCCUAAGAUAGCAGCGCCGACUGAAUGGGGGGCGGCACCCGAUACCGAUAAAUUACAGGAAGCGGAAAUUGGCAUGGGCAGUACGAAGGAGAGGGAGGCUGCCGUCAGAGCGAAGAAGACACAGCGGAUCUUGGAAGGGAGGGAUGACGAGAACAAUAUUCUAGAUACCAAUGGGCAUUACAAGCGCAGGACGUCGAGCGAUCAUCAAAGGCAGCCCAGCGAACAGGAGGAACAUGCAUUGGUAUAUAUACACCAUGUAACACCAACCGACACCUUUGCUGGUGUGGUGCUGAAAUACAAUUGCCCGAAAGAAGUAUUCAAGAAAGCAAAUGGCUUAUGGUCAGAAGGAGGGCUAGCAUUCCGGAAAACGGUCGUAUUACCAGUAGAUGCGUGUACAGUCAAAGGAAGACCAUGCGACCCUCCGACAGACUCACCAUACGGGGUUGACCUUUUAGCCCCUACGCCUGCAAUAGAGGAACCGCCCUUUACAAAUGGUGAUACAUAUCAAGCAGACCCAUUCACUCCGGAUCCAUCUGUAGAGCGACCGGAAGAUAACGAGAAUCCCUGGUCACAUGUUCGAUGGGUCUUGAUAGAUUCUUCGCCAACGUCCAAACCAGUUGAAAUCGCUCGAAUGUCACGGAAGGCACUAGGAUACUUCCCUCCCCGGCGGAGGAAGAGUGUUAACCUACGAUCUGGGCUUUCUACACCACGCGGGUCAAUUGAUCAGAGCCGCAUGUCAUUAUUAUCACAAUCUCCGUAUGACCACUCAACUAGCACCGCCAGUACUCCCACUCGAAGGACGAGCAAUUUAGGGCCGCGACCAUCACAACCAAUAGGAUCAGCCGGUAGUUACUUUCCAAAUAUUCAAUCCAGCACACGUUCGCGCCGCGAAAGCGUAGGCGAAGCUGCGGAUCGACUAGGUUGGAUGCGAGGACCUGGAGGUGUAGGUACACUUGGUCCUAAGAUUCGAAGACCCGGGCCAGGAAAUGAUGGACUUAACCAGUGGGCGAAAAAGCAUUUCGCGCUUGCUACUAUAGACUCUCACUCAACUUCUAUCACAGGGGCUGAAACUGCGCAUUUCGGGUUUGGCGACGAACUUGCUGCUAUUGCUGAAGGAGGUCUCAACGGGCCAGUCAAUGGACCGGCUGGUGUUGCCACGUCUGGUGGUGGUCAAAAUAUUGGGUUGGAGAAUGCUGCCGCUGCUGUCGAAGGCUUCUUCCGAAAGUUGAUUGUUAAUGGACCGGGUACACCAAGACUAAACGCGAGAGCAGACAGUGAUCUGAUUGAGCUACUUGAUGGAGCGGGAAGUGAUGAUGGCCGCGGCUUUGAGAUCACUCCCGGUCGGGUAAGAAGCUCGACGCCUAUGGGCAGUGGGAGAGAAGACUUAGAUGGUAUGAUACGUGGAAGAAAUAGCGCAGGUGCCAAAGGAGGGAAGAGUGAUUGA